AUGAAUGACUCUCAAGAACUAGCUGAUAAUAUCGAGCAAUGAAAGGUCAAAAGAUUAAUUCAAAGCCUUGAUAAAUGCCGAGGACUUGGCACUUCUCUUAUUACACUUAUAAUUCCUCCUACCGAGCAGCUAUCAUUUGCUAGCAGGAUGGUUAAUGAUGAAUGCAACUCUGCGACUUCAAUUAAAUCAAGAAAUAUGCGCCAGUCAACUCUGAGUGCCUUAACUUCAAUAAGAGAAAGACUCAAGCUAUAUGGAAACAAGAUGCCAAAAAAUGGACUCGCAAUCUUCUGUGGGGAAAUUCUUAAUGAAAAAGACAUCAUUGAAAAGAAAGUGACGAUUGAUAUUCAGCCAUUUAGACCUAUAAACACAAAAAUUUAUAUCUGUGACAAUAAUUUUCAUAAUUAAAUAUGUGCUAGAGGCUCAUGGUCAGGAGACCAUGCAGCCUCAAGCACAUAUUUAAUUAUAUCCGGCAAGGUUUUUAAAUCCAGAAAUGAGAGCACUUAUUCUCAAGACCAACUUAUGUUUGCCAAACCAACCAGAUAGUUUAGGAGUUUCCCUCUCCUGCUGGUUUGGCCAACCUAAGUUGGUCAAAUCAACUUGACAGGAAGUGCUCUCAACGUUCGCCAUAUCGGGCAAUAUAGGCGAAAUGCCUAUAAGCAAUUCCGGCAGCGUACGGAGCCUGAUUCAAGUCCCUUUUCAGGAUUGGAUUAUAUCUCGUUGGGAAUAAAAGACUUAGAGUUGGAAAUGAGAAGCCCAGCAGUGUCUUUUGACCCUUCGGGUAACGCCCUAGCGUAAAGCCAAGAGUUAUGCCUUAAUUUCUAUGUUGGACCUUUGCCAGAAAUUUCAUUUUUUGAAUUUUUGCGCAGGCAAUUCGCGUUGAAGUCCAAAGUUGGAAGGACAGCCAUCGAAUCCGAAUUACCAGAGCCUAGGGACCAUUCAUCAGCAAAGCUAGGGGUUACGACAUGGUGGAGGAGCGGAAACCCGUGCAGGUUCAGUAAUGGACGUUAAACUAAGGCCAACCCUUAAAUUAAUUAAUGUGUGUACAAUAAAUUCCAUACAGAAGCUUUAAAAGACUUGCUAGUAAUGGAGGAGAAGUAUGGAUUUAUAAUUAUUGAUGGAAACGGUACACUUUUCGGCACUUUGCAAGGAAACACAAAAGAUAUUCUUAACCAAUUUUCAGUCGAUUUACCAAAAAAAUAUAGAAAAGGAGGUCAAUCUUCAACGAGGUACGCAAGGCUGAGGCUAGAAGCAAGAUACAAUUAUUUAAAAAAAAUUGCAGAGCAAGCUGCUGUGCAGUUUAUAACAAAUGAAAAAAUAAAUGUGGCUGGACUUGUUCUUGGAGUAAGUGCUGAUUUUAAGAAAGAUUUAUCAGAGAGUGAGUUAUUUGAUGAAAGGUUGCAGUCAAAAAUCGUAAAAAUUGUUGAUAUUGCAUAUGGAGGGCAAAAUGGCUUUGAGCAGGCAAUUGAGCUAUCAGCAGUAACUCUGAAUAAUGCUAAGUUUAUCCGAGAAAAGACUGUUCUUACUAAAUUUUUUGAAGAAAUUACACAGGAUACUAAAAAAUUUUGUUAUGGAGUAGAGAAUACUAUGAAAGCUCUUAUGAUGGGUGCUUGUGAAAAAGUAAUACUAUAUGAGAACUUAAGCAUAAUACGCACGAUGCUAAGAAAUUCUGAAACAGGCGCUGAAGAAGUCGAAUAUUGUGACCGAGAAGAUGAAAUAAGCACAGUGAAUGAAGAUGGAGAGAAACUUGAAGUAGCUGAGCAAGGAACAUUAUCAGAAUGGCUUGUUGACAAUUACAUAAUGUAUGGGACAGAGUUAGAGCUAGUCACUGAUAAUAGCCAAGAAGGGAGCCAAUUUUCCAGAGCUUUUGAAGGAAUUGGAGCAUUUUUAAGGUAUCAGUUGGAUGAGUCAGAAGGAGAAAGUGAAGAGGAAGAAGAAUGGGAUGAAAAUGCUGUGUAA